UUUUCACAUGGUUGUUGCAAAACACAGAAUUUAAAGUGAAGUCUCCCUUUCCUAAGAAAACAAUGUUGCUCAAUUCCAAUUUGAUCUGCUAUAAGUAGGAGGAGCAGGGCUUGAUUUGAUUAUCUGCAACAACUCGAAUCAUAAUGAAGUGCGUUUUGGCUUUUGUGAUUGCCGUUGGCAUUUUGUUGACAACAUGUAAUGCCGCCUGCUUCAAUCAGCAGCCUGAUGGAAACCAGAAAGGUUGCCUUUAUAAAGGAAAGAUGCAUAGACUCGGGAGCACAUUUAGAACAAAAGAUUGCAUGGAAUGUACCUGUGAUAUGGACGGCUCAUUGAGAUGUUGCGAUAUAUCUGGUAGACCAGUGGAAUAUGACGAGAAAAAGUGUGAGGUUUUAUUUGAUAAGAAAACCUGCAUGUACCGUGUUGUGGAAAAGAAAGAUCAUUCAAAGGAAUGUAAGCAUUCCAUGGUUGGGUAAAGUGGCCGUCUCCUUGGGCUCGAGCGUUCAUGCUUACAACAUUUAUAUCUGUUUUGUUUUUUUUUGCAUGAACUGAAUUCAGGUCCUUAUAUACAAAGAUAAUACAGUUUAUAUUACAUGAAUAAAGUAUACAUCAAAAUA